AGCGAGCGAUGCAGGUGAUAAUCAAAGUACUUGAAGGUUAUGAUUAUUCAUUAAUCUAUUCACUCAGAUUAAAUUGAAGCACAAUCAUUAUAUUAAACGGAGGAAGAAUUCCCUUAGUCAUUGUGAAGUACCUACUGUUGAUACAAGGGCUGAAGUUAUGGAGAAAAUAGUAAUAUUUGGUUCUUCUGGAAUGACCGGUAUUUGCGCCGUGGAAGCCGCAAUUGAAAAAGGUCUUAAUGUAAGAGCAUUUGUUAGGGAUUCUUCCAAAUUACCAGAAGCUUUAAGAAGUAAGGUAGAAAUUGUUCAGGGAGAUGUUCUAAGCUACGAUGAUGUUUCCAAAGCAGUUAAAGGAGUAUCAGGUGUGGUUGUUGUUCUUGGUACAAGAAAUGACUUAAAACCUACCACAAUAUUGAGUGAAGGAACAAAAAAUAUUAUUAAGGCAAUGAAAGAACAUGGAGUUGAAAAGGUAUCGGUUUGUCUGUCUGCUUUUCUAUUUUGGAAACCUGCUGAUGUUCCCCCCAUGUUCCAUGAUUUGAAUGCUGACCAUCGUCGACAAUUAGAUGUGGUGAAAGAGUCCAAUUUGAAAUAUAUCGCUAUUCUACCGCCACACAUUGCAGAUCAACCUGGAAAUGAUUAUGUGGUGAAACAAGAUGAAAGUCCUGGAAGAGUAAUAACAAAAUAUGCACUUGGAAAAUUCCUUAUUGAAAGUUUGACAAUGCCAGAACAUUACGGUAAAAUUUGUGGUAUUUGCAAUAAACCCCAGUGAACUAUAAUAUUUUUUCCAAAGCCUUUUAUUGUUGAAUUUAAAGCUAAUAUUUUAUCUGGUUUUUGCUUGUUGGAAAGUAUUUGAAAACUUUAUAAUAUGAAUGAUAAUAAAUAAUAUUUUUUUGUUA